AUGGCUGAUAAAGAUACUGGCCCCAUCCAUGAGCACGAGAGCUUUUUCGACAGGCUUCUUCAUCGCCAUAAGAAAGAAGAAAAGCAUGAACAAGAGCAUGAGCAUGAAGCCAACGAUCCUUCCAGUGAUCUACAACAGGAGGCAGAGACGGACAAGUACAAGGACCAGAUCAAGAAUGAUGAGCACAAGUACAAGGAUCAUAUGCGCAGGGAAGCGAAUUUGCAAUCUCAAAGUGAGACGUAUGAUCAUCUGAUGUAA